AUGCCUCCACCCGCCAGCCGCACAGCGGUGCCGACGCCUGCAGGUACCGGCAAGGCUCCUGCCUCGCCGCGCCAGAGCCCCGCAUCCGGCGCGAUGGUGACUGCGGAACAACUAAACGCAGCGGUCAAGGCCGCGACCACACCCGCGGCCAGCUCCCAAGCGCAGCCGCAGGCGCAAAGCCUAACGCUUCAUACCGGGCGUGCUGCUGUUGUCGCCGGCGAGAAGGCCUCAGCCCAACUUGGGCGGGUCGUGGAGCUGACACGCGACGGCGCAUCCCUGGGCGUGCUCCAGCAGCUGGAUGGCAAGCCGAAGGUCAGCCCGCGUGGCCAGCAGUCAACGGUGCAGCACUUCAGCCGGCUCAAAGCCGCGGUGAAGGAGUUCGAUAACGCCUGGCACGAUGCUAGUGGCAACAUGGUGAGCGUGCUGGACAACCGCAAGCAGAUCUUCGAGGAGCUGUUGUGGGAGCACCACGGCCUCAGCGAGGCGUUUUCCUCCCUCAAUCUUGAGCACAGCCAGUGCCAAGCAGCGUUGCCGGAAGCCUCCUCAGAGGACCUCGCUGCCCAGGUCGCCGCGCUCAAUGCUGCCCAAGAUGAUCUCACUGUCAAGCACCAGCGCGAGCUCCAGGCCCAGCGGGAGGAAGCCGCCAAGCUGAAGGAUCAAUUGAUCAAGGCUGGGUGUAAGCACGCCAAGGCCCUGAAGCUUCGCCGCGAGCUGGAGGAGGCGCAUAGGAAGCUGCAGGACGGAAAGGAGCACCUAGCAUCGGUCCAGGAGUACCUAACCAACCUUGAGGAGAUGAGCAAAGAUACCGACGCCAAGGCUGUCUGGUUCUUUCCGGAAUCGCAGGUGCGCGCCGAGGCCACUGUCAGCAAGCUCCGGGUCGAACAGGUGGUGGAUGCCAACCUCCCCUGGACUGCUAAGGACCACCUCACUGCGCUGUUCUUCAGGAUCACGCAUAUGCGCGCAGUUGAUCGCACCCUUGGCUUGCUGCCCAACGCCGCCACUGCCGUGUACAAGUGCCUCUGGCCUAGUGAAGCUGUUCCGAAAUCGGCCGAUCUCAUCGCUUAG